AUGGACCUCGCACGUCAGUUAGGCUUAGAAGAGGCUGGCGCUGGUGCCAUCAGAGGCUUGUUUACCAGGAAACAGGUGACCUUGUUCAAGGCGUCGUUGGCCGCAAAAGACCGCCGGAUGGAGACUGUGCUGUAUUCCAGCGAGGAACUGAAGGACGGUGAGCUGGUAUUGGGCGUACCAGACAUUAUUGCACUGGGUAUCUUCGAUGCAUAUAUGAUGUCUCAUCUGGAAGGUGUUGUCAGAGAGAGGCUUUGGGGUUUGUUACAAAAACAUUCGAAGUGUUGGUCGCGGCCAAGGACAGGCAGAACACGGCAUAGCGUGGAGUUCGAAGUAGACGGGAAGCCGAUGAAGCAUACGUUGAAGCCGUUAAGACCAGAGUUACGAGAGGAACUAGAUAAGCAGAUAGACGACAUGUUGAGCAUGGGUGUGAUACAACCUAGUAAUUCCUAG